GUUUCAGAAGAAUGUCUGAGGAGAAGGAUUUUAACGUGUUUGCUGGAGCAGAAACUGGGAUUUUCAAAGGACUCAACAUUAAUUCUAAAUGUUCUCUCAGUAAAAACUUUGAUAAAAUCUCAAACUUAACAAAGGAGAGCAGUAUAAGCUGUAUGAGUUAUGGAGAGGAUGAACAAGAAAUACUCAUCGGACUCAGGAGCCAAUAUGUAAAAGUUUUCGACGUCAAGGACAAAUCGUAUUCGACAGUUGUUGAAACGAAGGCAGGAACUGGGCCUGUGGUAGGGGUUGCAAGGUACAACGAAGCAAUUCUUACAGCUGUAGAAUCUGGUUUAGUUAAACUAUGGAAGUAUGAGAACCCUGUGGAAUUUAAUCCAAUUGAUUAUGAGGAAACAUACAUAUUGAAAUAUCUAUCAGUUUACAAAUAUUAACGAACAUUCUUAUAA